ACUCCCCCUUCCCUCUAGUCACAGUCAGACACGAACAGACUGGUUGAGUGGCAACACACUACGAGAGGGGGAACAAAUCUGUGGAAUUGGAAUGAGCUGUUUAAGGGAGCCCUAGCUUGCCUCCCUCUGAGCCUAGGAAGUGUGAAACAUGAGACAAGCUGCACCUAUUCUCUGUGAGUAGUUCUGAAAGCACAAGGGGGAAAUACCAUAUCUAGAACAUUGACUCCCUUCAAACACCUGGAGCUGUGACUGUCCUGAGGAGAUCUCUCCCCUCACACAUACUCGCCAACGGACCGUGGAGGUGUGAGAAGAGCCGUGGCGAUAAGCAGCUGACGUGAAACAGACAAAGAACAAGGAAGAAGAGAGUAAAAAGAGAGAGAGGGAAGAAAAUGGAGGCCUUGCUUCCUGUGUUGCAGCGGCACCCUGGACUGUCUGUGUUGGUGUGCGCUCUGAUGUUCCGGGUGGCCCACCGACUACUACAGAACCUGCCUGUGCCCAAAGUGGUGGCGGUGGAUGACUUCCGCUCCUGGAAGUGGAGGAACCUCUCGGUCUCUAUGGUCCACUCCCUCCUGACAGGGACUUGGGCUGUGACCUGUGUAUUCAUCUGGCCUGAGAUGGCAACCAACAUUCACUCCUUCUACACGGCCCCAGCCUACAUACUCAUCUGCAUCUCAUCAGGAUACUUUGUUCAGGAUGCAGGUGACAUCAUCCUAACUGGACACGCAAAAGGAUCCUGGGAGUUCUUAAUUCAUCAUGUCCUGGUGCUCUGGUGCUUCCUGUAUUCUCUGUACUCGCACCUCUACGUGGCAGGUGCUGUGGUGGCUCUCUUUGUGGAGGUUAACAGUGUCACCCUGCAUUUGAGGCUAAUGCUGAAGCUAGCAUCACAGCAGUCGUCCCCUCUGUACCAAAUCAACAAGUUCCUCAAUGUCUUCACAUAUGUUGUCUUCCGCCUCAGCGCACAGUUCUACCUCACGUAUUACAUCGUCCAGAACUACUCCUGGAUGGACAAAGGAGGCUACUUCCUCAUUACCAUGACCCUCAUGAACACCAUGAUCCUGAUCUACUUUUAUCGUCUUCUCCGUGCCGACUUCUUCCCCCGGAGCAGGCCUAGCAUGACGCUAAAUGGCACCCAUAACAACAACAUCAAAAAGUUCCUCACUGAAUGACACCGAGAGCGACAUGGCUGUAAACUGGCGGUUGUGUUUGCCUUUUGUUUUGUUUGCUUACUGAUAUCAUUCCUCAUCAAGACGUCUCAUCUGGUUGCAUUGUCAAGCUGUGUCUUCACAACAACAACCAUAACAGAGCUCUGUCUCUCAACAGCUCGUGUUGUAGUGAGAGGCAGCCAGGAAAGGAUGGGGACAGUGGUACAUUCCCUAUAGUGAUGCUUCUCUACUGAUGAUUAUGCCCACUGUGGCUAAAGAUCUCUCACAGACACCCAAACAGGGCAGCAUAGAGUUAGAGACUGGUCCAUUCACACUGGCUGGGAGAAUCCUACUAACUUACCUCCAGGAUACUGUGCCACUUUUGCUUCUGAUCAUGGCUAAUACAUUCUUAUAUUUUAAAUAAAUGUAUGUGAUUCAUGUGGAA